CAAAGAAAGAUCUAAUCCACUGUUCGAUGAAAUCGUAGCAGUCCAUCAGUUAUGACAUCAUAGGAGCAACAGAAAUCUGCUGAGUGAACUCAGAGGAUACAAACAGAAAUUGGAGCAUGGCGUAAAACACGAGCAGUUAGCUGGUGUGUGGGCAAUGGAUGUAGAAGACUUGGAUGAAUUUGUAACUUCUUGCCAACCAGUUACCAAAUUUCAGUGUGAAUUUAAAAGAAAGGAAAUAUGUGGACACUUUAUACACAUUCAUGGUAUCAUUAAUGGUUUAGUUUUUGUAUUUUGCCAUGUAUCUGCUUGUCUUCAUAUCUGUUCUGCAGUAUUUUUGCAUGUUGCAUUAAUGUUAAAUAUCACUUGCUUUUACUACUCCAGAGUAGUUCAGACCACAGAGAUCUGUGGUUGAUGCUUGUGGGCUGUGUAAACAGUGUUUGGGUCAAAGUUCAGCCCUCUGGGCAAAGUUUCUAGCAUUUUUGUUGCACGGGAGAAGGUAAGUACUAAACCUUGUUUGUGGGACACUCUUUCAUGAGCUGAUGUAAUGUGCUAUGUUCUUUUUAACAUGUGAAAGCAUGGACGUUUUGAUAAAUAGUCAAUAUUUCUACCACAGGUAAAUGGUCUCCCUCCUACUGCAUAGAGCAUGUUUUUAUAACUCCUUUAGAUUGAGUCAGCUUUUCAGAUGGUUUGAAUUGUACUUUUCAUUUGUUCAUGUGUUUCUGAUCCACUCAGUUUCACUGAUGAGAUUAAAGACAGUGUUAAACUUAAAAUGCUUGUCUCAGAUAAGUUAUGGAAAAUGUAAUACGUUUCAGACAAUCUUUAGUGUAUAAAAGUAGGGGGAAGAUAAUACAGACCCCAGCUCUGGAAUGUGGGUGUCAGUUUCUGAAAGUGGCCCCCAAAAAGUGGGGAGGGGCGGUGGGAGUUUGUCCCAACUAACUGGAGCAAAGAAAAUCCUCUCAAUGGCUGAAUUGAACUUGUUCCUUGCAGUGACAGAAAACACUGCAGUGUUAUAAUUAGUCAAGCUGGGAAACAGGGAAUACCAGGGAACAAGACCCAAACGCAGGCAGAGCUGGUGCAGAUCACUAUUAACAGAAAGGCUUACACUGGAGAAGGGAGGCAACAGUAGCUCACAGCAGGGUUUCCCCUCAAAAUCUGAACAGAAUGAGGAUGCUGAAGAGAGCCUCUGCACUCAUCCUGAAAAGAGGAAUUACAAUCUAUCAGAGCAGAUUGUGCAAAAAUGACAGCCUCUUCAGAGUUCAUCCAUCUGUAUCACAGGCGCUGGCAGAAAACAAACCAGUAGUCGCACUCGAGAGCACUAUUGUCACACAUGGCAUGCCCUAUCCACACAACCUGAGCACAGCGAAGGAGGUGGAGGCCAUUGUGAGAGCUGAAGGAGCCACUCCAGCCACGGUUGGAGUGAUUGAGGGUGAAGUCCAUAUUGGUCUGUCAGCAGAGGAGCUUGACCACCUUGCCCGCAGCAAGAGCUCCCUGAAGGUGUCCCGCCGUGAUCUGCCUUACGUCAUCAGCAAACGGCUCUCCGGGGGAACGACUGUGUCAGCCACCAUGAUAGCAGCACAUCGAGCUGGCGUUCCUGUGUUUGUCACAGGAGGCAUUGGAGGAGUUCACAGAGACGGAGAGAAUAGUCUGGACAUCAGCGCAGAUCUGACUGAGCUCGGCAGGACUCCCAUUGCAGUCGUCUCUGCUGGUGUCAAGUCUAUUCUGGACAUCGGUCGCACCCUCGAGUUCCUUGAGACGCAGGGAGUCUGUGUAGCCACUUAUGGAGCGUUUAAGAACUUCCCAGCCUUCUUCUCUCCACAAAGCGGAUUCACUUCUCCUUACCAAGUCUGCAACCCUGAGGAGGCUGCAAAACUCAUUGCGAGCACUCUGUCACUGGGUCUCCAAAGUGGUGUCCUGUUAGCGGUGCCCGUCCCAGAGGAGCAUGCAGCAGCCGGUGAGCAGAUAGAGGAAGCCAUACAGGCUGCAGUAACAGAGGCAAGUGCUAAAGGUAUAACAGGAAGAGAUGUAACGCCAUUCAUUCUUCAAAAGGUCAAUGAGCUGACUAAAGGAAAGUCCCUUGAGGCCAACAUUGCUCUCAUUCAUAACAAUGCUAAAGUUGGCAGUCAGAUAGCCUGUGCACUGUCAAAACAAAUGCAUGAGAGAAAGUUAAAGGGCAAGACUCAUCAUGGAAAACACUCAUCAGACUCAGAAUCAGAUAUUGUGAGUAUAAACAUAUAUGAUGGACUUGAUGUUAUAAUAUUGGCACAUUACAGUACCCACAGUGCUGUUCUUUUACAGGUUGUCAUAGGGGGAAUAAAUGUUGAUUUUAUUGCGAAAGGAAAAACGAAAACACUUCAUUUUGGACAGACCAACCCAGGAAGUGUCUGUCAAUCAUUUGGUGGUGUUGGCCGGAACAUUGCUGACUCUCUGAGUCGAUUAGGCCGUAGACCCCUGUUCAUCUCAGCUACUGGAGCUGAUUCACACAGUGAUGCAGUGUUAAACUAUUGUAAACAUAUGAACACAAGUGGUGUGGCCAGGCUAGAAGAGCAAAGCACAGCUACUUACUGUGCUGUUAUCACUGAGAGUGGAGAACUGAGUCUUGGAUUGGGAGACAUGGACAUUCAUCAGCAAAUCACAGAGCAGCAUGUGUCACAGUUUGAGAAGCAGCUUUCAUCAACUACUCUUGUGUGUCUUGAUGGAAACAUUCCCGUCUCCACCAUCAACUACGUUUGUUCCAUUGCCACUAAACACAACAUCAAUGUUUGGUAUGAGCCAACAGAUUCAGAAAAGGCUUGUAAGCCUUUCCUUUCAGACGCCUGGAAGUCUCUGUCCUAUUCAUCCCCAAACCUGGCAGAGUUGUGCACCAUGAACAAAACACUGGGUAUCCCAACACCUGAAGUGUUGCCGAGCUCUCUUGACGAGGUGCUGAGUGUUGCUGUGGCUCUCUCACACCCCCUUCUGGAGCAUCUUCACUGUCUGGUGGUGACUCUGGGGGCUGAUGGGGUGUUGGUGUGCGGAGAGCAUGAUGCAGGCUCGGUCAACCUGCAGCCAAGAGGGCAGCAGAAGAGGAGGAGGCAGCUUUGUGGUCUCCAUUACCCGGCACUGACUGUGACAGCAGAGGAGACAAUGAAUGUGUCAGGAGCAGGAGAUAGUCUUGCAGGUGCCUUAAUGGCUGGGAUUCUCCAGCGGCGAGACACGGACAGCUGUGUUCGGAUGGGGCUCCUGGCUGCACGGCUGUCCCUGGCGUCACCGCACCCCAUCUCCCCCACGCUCACCUUAGACUCUGUGGAUCCCAACAAAGUCCAGAGUCAGUACUGGCCCAAACCCAGCUUCAUGUGGAUAGAUUAAAAAUAUUUUCAAUUUUGAAACAUUAAAUUGUGUCAAUUAUGCAAUGGUUUGUCUAAUAUAUUUCUCAGUAUUUUAUCAUUUUUGGCCUUAACAUUUGUGAUUGGAUUCUUGUGAAAACAGCAUUCAACAUUGUGAUUGAGUAAAUGAAUGUACAUGUACACAAGAUGACAUGUUUUACAAAAAACACAACAUUUUAUAUAGUUCUAUAAUUAUUAAUAUCUUUUAAAAAAUCAAUAAAUGAACCACUUUUUCCUAAACUUUGCUUGAGACACGCAAAUCCUUGUAAAUAAAUUAUGAAACAUUAAAA